AUAAUAAAAUCCUGCCGCACCAGGAAGUGUCUCUCCUGCUGGGCUGCUGACAGCGUUGUCAGUCGGGUGUAACUCGCCAUAACGCCGGUAGUUUCCGCUUUAGCUGUGCGUACAACAGGCAGAGUAUCGAAGCGUCCAAAAAAUAAAUGAGUCGCAUUGCCCCUCAUUUUAUAGUUUUGUUGUUCAGUCAUUUUAAGAGAAGACUUAAUUGCCUGUGUGAACUUUGAGGCAGUUAAAUGAGAAAGUGUAAUGAAAUCAAACAACCUUUAUUAGAGCCUGAAUCUCCUUGUUGGACUCAGCACUUCCUGUUGCAAAGUCUUGAUAGUUACUGCUUCUGUGACUGAAAAAAUUUCAGAAAACAGGAGAAUUCAAAAGGAGUUAGUAUUCUAGUAUUAGUAGUCAGUAUUUAGAGACUGAUUACACUUACACUAGGCGUUUUUUAAGCCAACUUUAUUUGUAACAGGUGGAGGACGUGUACGGUGACAAACUUGGUGCUGGGAACAUUUAACCAUCAAUUACAGAGGAAACGAGAAGAAUUGAAAUGUUUAAAUAAUAUACAUUUAACUAGAGAAAAUUUAUGUUUUAGUUUAUUCCACAAUGAAUGAAUCUUAAAGAUUUGGAGCCCAGCCAAUCGAGAAGGAUUUUAAGAAGUCUCGGAUUGUAUGGUUUGGAAAUGUUUUCUUAAAAAUUGUUGCUAGCUGAUCGUGUCACAAAUAUAAAACAGGAGCUUGUUGCAUCUACGUGUCCAUGCGUUGCUUUAAACACUGCUGCUGCAAAGAAUUGUGGGACAGUAUUCUCUCCUUUCCUUUCAUAAAGGAAGACCCAGUGUCUCCUCUGCUAAAGGUGAUAAGAUAUAAAGCAUCUUAACAUUUAGAGAAUUCGACCAGCUCUUAUCAUGGCUCCCACUGAGAUACUUCAGGACCUUCCUAAGCAAAAAGGACUGUUUGACUGCAGACUUAAUCUUUUCUUCUGCAUUUUAUCACUAAAUUCGUAAACCAUUGAAGAGGUGGGCUUCCUGUUCGGUCUAUCUUAGAAGCGAAUCCCAGACAAGUCCGGGCUGCUUCACAGGAAAACUCCCCGCACUGAUCUUUCCGUCUUUUUCUCGUCGAUCUAAUCCUGAGAAAACCCUUAGUGUUUGGUACAAACAGAGUCCCGCGAGUUUUGGUAGAAACUCUGCUUUUAUUCAUGUUUUGAAUGUUCUCUGCCAAGUCAAACAAGUGGAACAUAGUGUUGCAGGAAAUGUGCAGGAGGAGGGAAUUAAACAUGACAGCUUCUUCCAAUAUCAAUAUACAACAACACGUCUUCUAGGGAUGGAAGUUCACAAGGUGUCGAGGUGGUUUGGUAGACGACGCUGCUGCAGAGUGAUCGCUUCGUCUUGUAAGUUACACUCUGUAAAUACGUGUCUGGACUAUCGCAUCUUUUCCGAAAACAUUCAAGUCAGGCAAACAGUUCGUCUUUUAGGUGAUUAAACAGCCGUAUCACAUUUACAUUUUUCUUUCGGUCGCUCCAGGACUUGUGAAUGUGUUUAACAGAGGUCGUGAUUUAUCAGAACACAUUGGCAUUGCACAUUAUUUAUUUAAAUGUAUUUUUAAAGGGGUUUUUUGUGAAUAAGGAGCAUAUUUGUUUAGAUCUUAACGUGACUGAGGGCUUUGAAGCAACUGAAUUAUGAAAUUAUGAAUUUAUGAAAUGUCAGAGUUUUGCCCAGAAAUGUUAGCACAUUGUUUUGCUGUCAGCUGCUUUUUUCUCUUCUGUUUUUCCUGUUUUUAUUUAUUCAAAUUGAUUAAAUCCAGAUUCUCUUGGGGGGAGAUUUGUGCGAAUGGAAAACACUGCCAACUGUGUCUGAAAUCUGAGAAUCACUGAAAGAUGUCUGAAAAAUUAUAAUUAUUUUUGGCAGGUUUCAUUACUGUAGUCAGUUUCAGAGGUGACUUUAGAUUAGUGAACACUGAUACAGUUUAGAUACUGUAAUGACAUUGUCAGGCUAAAACAGGAAAUGAAAAUGGACGUGCUUCUGUAACGGAAAAACUGGGUUUUUUUAUAAUCCAACUCUUCUUCCUGAGACUCCUGAGUAUUUUUUAACCCGGGCCUUACUUUCUCAUGUUUUUGGGUGUAAAUGAUAAUAAUGAUGAUAAGGACAAAAAUCAGAGUAUAACUGCUGCAGCACUGAGCAAGAGCGGUGAACAGCUGCUGCAAUUUAAACCAAUGGACAAUUGUCCACAUCAAUGGACGUCCACUGACAGGCUCAGAUUGUUAUUGUUAUAGCAUCUGACAAAAUUAUGGAGAGGAUUCCUACAGAGAUAGACCUUUUUAUUAAAGAGUAAGAUCCUUUUUGUUUAGUCAGAAACAGCUGUUUUAUCACUACCAGACUUCAUUGAUAAAAUCAGCAAUUCUACCAAACAGGAAAACCAGAGUUGCUGCAAUACCACUGCCUCGAUCUGUUUGUUUGUGUUAUUGUGUGACUUUCAGUGGUAGAAGAAGUAUUCAGAUCCUUUACAUAAGUAGAAAUACCACACAAUAACACAAACAAAACAACUGAUGGAGGCAGUGGCACGCCAACAGCUCUUGCGUUCUUCUUGGUAAAAUUGCUGUUUUUGUCAAUGGAGUCUGGUACUGAUGUUUCUGGUUAAACAAAAAGGAUCUUCCUCUUUAAUAAAAAGCUCUGUCUCUGUAGGAAUCCUCUCCAUAAUGUUGUCAGACACUUAUAAUAACAAUCUGAGUCUGUCCGUGGCAAAAACAAACACUUUAGUGGACGCCAUUGACGUGGACGAUUGUCCAUUGGAUUACAUUGCAGCAGCUGUUCACAGUGUCCAGGUACACUGUUUUUGCUCAAUACUGCAUCGAUAUCAUUUGCACAAGAAUUUAAAGCAGUUAAAAAGCAGUGAGCAGUUUAGUGAGGAAAAUAGAGGCUCUUCACAUUAUAUAACAAAUUGAAGCAAAAUUCAUGUAUCUUCCCAAAAAACGAUUAAAAUCAGAUUGUGGUUUGUCUCAGCAGCUCUGCUUUUUACUGCUUUCCACUGCGUCGCCCUGAAUCAACCAACUGAAAACUACAUUUCAUAAUCUUCAGUCUGGCCAUCCUCCCUUUUUUAAACUUUCCAAAGUGUUAAAAUGACUCAGUUUCUCUUGAGAACAGAGCAGUGGAACUUCCCCAGUUUUCCAGCCAGCAGCACAGAUAACAAGAAACUCUGCAGUAACACAGCUACUGUAUCACUUAAUUAUAGCACUGUGAUCACCGCUGGUCCUCGUAUUAAGUCUGUUUUAAUACACAACGUGCUUAAGUUUAUUCCACUAUAUGUAAUUAACACAUAAAAUCAAACAAUAUUUGAUUUGUGACACUUGUCACUUUCAGUUUUAUUUCCCACGACGACGUGAUUUUUCUUUCACUUUGUGCGCUUACAGCUUGUAUGACGUGAAAAAGUGAUUAUUGUGUGCGCAUGCAUGUUUUCUAUGCCGAGGCGUAAAAAUCUCCUUCAACACAAGCUCUUUGCACACGUGUGUGUCCAUUCAGAGAAGUAAAAAAGCUGCCCUCAUUUGUACAAUCCAAUGAAGUUUGUUAACUGGAAGGAAAAUGGAUGUUUUGAUGAAAGCAGUGCUAUCAAACGAUUAAAGGACUAUUUGCUUACUUGGUUUUCUUUUACUGAUGCCUUUAUUACAACUGUAACGAGACACAUUUCACAUUAUUUAAGUGUGAUAAGUCCCAAUUUAAUGGCUUUAAUGCAUCCAUUGACUAAUUAUGCAUUAACUGUUUUACCUUAAAAUAACAGCUUAUAAUAAUGCAGAACUGUAAAGGAGUUAAAAAGACGUAGAAGUAAUUAAAUAUCCCAUGAGGAAACUCAAUAUCCAAACUAAAACAUCAAGAAUUCUGAAUGGAGUUUGGUGCAUUUUUUGCAUUUUGGAGCAUUUGUGCUCCAGAAGCCGGGGAUCGUGGGUAAAACCCAGUGUUUGAAAAUGUUUUGGCUUCUGUUUCUCCACUUAUUUUCCAGGCUUUUCCUUUAAUUUGUCACCCGUCUGUAACACAACCCUGUUUUUCAAGCUGUGCUGUUAAUAAUUACUAUAAUUAAUAAACUGCUGAAUCUGCCCGUUGCCACUGCUGGACAAAGUUCCCCCAAUCCCACCUCUCUGGCUCGUACAUCAGUCAGCCAGAGGUAUAGUACUUCAUUUCUUGUAGCUGAGUUUAGGUGUUUUUUUGGCUGCAGAUAAAUCAAAAGCAGGUUGUAGUUUACUUAAGUGUUUUCAGGCAGAAGUGGAGCCAUGGAGAAACCCUCGUCAGACAAGGUGACCAUCAACAACCCGGCGGACAUCACCAUCAUCAUUGUAUAUUUCAUCAUGGUCAUCGGAGUCGGCGUUUGGUCCAUGUUUCGGACCAACCGUGGGACAGUUGGAGGAUAUUUCCUUGCAGGACGGACGAUGACCUGGUGGCCGGUCGGUGCGUCUCUGUUUGCCAGCAACAUCGGUAGUGGUCACUUCGUGGGUUUGGCCGGCACCGGGGCAGCUAGCGGCAUCGCUGUGGGAGGGUUUGAGUGGAACGCUCUGUUCAUCGUGCUGCUGCUGGGCUGGCUGUUCGUACCUGUCUACCUCACAGCUGGGGUGAUCACGAUGCCCCAGUACCUGAAGAAGAGGUUCGGUGGGACCAGGAUAAGCCUCUACCUCUCUGUUAUCUCGCUGUUCCUCUACAUUUUCACCAAGAUCUCAGUGGACAUGUUUUCAGGAGCUGUGUUUAUUCAGCAGGCUUUAGGGUGGAACAUCUACGUCGCUGUCAUCGCCCUUCUGUUAAUAACAGCCGUGUACACCGUUACAGGUGGCCUGGCUGCUCUAAUGUACACCGACACCGUUCAAACCAUUGUCAUCAUUGCCGGGGCCUUCGUCCUCACUGGCUUCUCCUUUGCUGAAGUCGGAGGCUACAGCACUCUGCUUGACAAAUACCAUUCUGCCACGCCCAGGAAUUUCUCCUCCAUGGACCCCCAGCGCUACAACAUCUCCCCCCAGUGCUACACCCCUAGACCGGACGCCUUCAGCCUGCUGAGGGACUCGACCACGGGCGACCUGCCCUGGCCUGGGGUGUUGUUUGGGAUCGCUAUAGUGGGCGGGUGGUACUGGUGCACAGACCAGGUGAUAGUGCAGCGGUGCCUCGCAGCUCGAAGUCUGACCCAUGUGAAGGCCGGCUGCAUCAUGUGUGGCUACCUCAAACUGCUGCCCAUGUUCCUCAUGGUGUUCCCCGGCAUGAUCAGCAGGGUCCUCUACCCGGAUGAGGUCGGCUGUGUCGUACCUGAGGUGUGUAAGCAGGUGUGUGGGACGGAGGUGGGCUGCUCCAACAUCGCGUAUCCUAAACUGGUGGUGUCGGUCAUGCCCGACGGUCUGCGAGGCCUGAUGCUGGCCGUGAUGUUGGCCGCCCUCAUGUCCUCCCUGGCCUCCAUCUUUAACAGCAGCAGCACCCUGUUCACGAUGGACAUCUGGACUCGCAUCAGACCACAGGCCACAGAGAGGGAGCUCAUCAUCGUGGGCAGAGUCUGGGUGCUGUGCAUCGUAGCCAUCAGUAUCUGUUGGAUCCCGGUCGUCCAGGCAGCUCAGAGUGGUCAACUGUUCGAUUACAUCCAAUCGGUCUCGAGCUACCUGGCCCCCCCCAUCGCCUCAGUCUUCCUCCUGGCUGUGUUUGUUAAGAGGGUCAAUGAGACGGUGAGAUGGAUUUAUCACAUCAUGUUAAUUAUUAGUUAUCAGAAACACACAACGUUUCAUGUUUUCAUCUCCCUUCAGGGAGCUUUCUGGGGCCUGAUGGGAGGUCUGGCGAUGGGUCUGUGUCGGAUGUUACCUGAGUUCUGGUUUGGUACUGGCAGCUGUAUUUUCCCCUCUAACUGUCCUUUCCUGGUGUGUGGGAUCCACUACCUCCACUUCGCGAUCAUACUCUUCUUCUGUACGUCAGUGCUGGUGCUGCUGGUCAGCUACUGCACCGAGCCCAUCGACGACCAACAUCUCCAUCGUCUGGUGUUCAGUCUUCGCCACUCGAAAGAGGAGAGGGAGGAUUUAGACUGGGAGCAGGAAGAGAAAGGGAGAAGAGCCCGGGAAGAGGCUCAGGAGAGGGCGAGGCAGAGAAACAACGGCGAUGCAGUGGCAGAGGAGGAGGAAAAGUCUGGUAUCCGGCGCCUGGUUGGACGUCUCUGUGGAGGGGGCAGCGGCAGCUCCCAGGACCAGGAGGAAGCACCUGAGGCAGCGGAGCAGAUGCCUGAUAUAAGUGAGGACCCGGUGUGGAAGUACAUUGUGGAUGCUAAUGCUAUCAUCAUGAUGGCUGUAGCAGUUUUUAUGUGGGGUUACUACGCUUAACAGAGUCCAGAGCUUAACGUCGAUGUUACAAUGUAAAUUUUUAUCUUCGUUAAAUUGGGUUUAACCACUUUGGUGCAUGAUACAGUCAUAGAGAUAAAUGCAGUAGUGCUGCCAUCUGGUGGUAAUGUCUUGACACUACACAAAUAACAUGAUCUCAUCUCCAAAAAGGUUCAAAAUAGACAUGUAGUCUCACUUCUCUUUAGAGCACGUUUAAAUACCAUAUGUAAUGCAGAGUCUAAAACUGUUUUAUCAGGUUACAGCACCAUUAUUAUCUACUGUUACAACCUGAUUUAAUUACAAACUCAGUCCUAACCUGCUGCUAGCUCUGAAAUAAAAGGUGUGAGACAAAAUUAAAAUUUGGAAACCGGAUAAAAUGUAAACUUAAUAAAGACUCAAGUAGCUCGA